AUGUCUUUGAAACUCACCACCCCAGAGGCUUUUCCUGCGUUUCCAUUCACUCCCUACCAUAUCCAACUCGAUCUCAUGCGCCACCUAUAUACCUCUAUCGAGGAUAGAAAAGUUAGCAUCGUCGAAAGUCCCACUGGCACAGGAAAGACACUCAGUCUUUUAUGUGCCUCGUUGACAUGGUUGAGAGAUGAGCAGAACAGAGCACGACAGGGACAGUUGGAUGCUCUGGCAGGUGAUGGCCCUGACUGGGUUCUUUCCCAGACAGUUGAACGGCGUCGUCGCGAACUGGAGGCUGACGAGCUCGAGUAUGCUGCAGCUUUGGCCAAAGCGCGAAAGAAAGAAGCAGCGAUGCGGAUGUUGGCCAACGGCCGCGUACGCAAACGAAUGAAACUAGUAGCAACUGAGGAUACGUCGAACGAUGUACUGGGUGACGAAGAUGCCGCGUUCUUGCCUGACUCCCAAGCGCUCUCUGAUGACAACGCAGAGCAGAGCAAUAUCUCCCCUGCUGUUCGUGCACUUAUGCAGAAGUUGCAGCAAGGCGCGACCGCGUCAACAUCGAGACACGUUCAUGAUCAGGAGCCAACUUGUACAAAAAUCUAUUACGCUUCUCGUACACACUCCCAGCUAGCUCAAGUUCUGCACGAACUUCGGAAACUCCAACUGUUGCUGAAUGUCUCUGUAGCAGUUUCACCGGGGGCACCACAGUCUUCAUUACCUUCCAUUGCCGUAGGGACUCACACGAAGCGCCCCAUCUUAGCAGUUAACCUGGAAGCCGAUAAGGAUGGGGAUUCUGCAGAUGAUAUCAGCGACAACUCAUGCAAUGUUCGUGCAGUGUCGUUAGGCUCGCGUAAACAGCUUUGUAUCAACCAAUCACUACGUGGGCAUGUGGGGGAUCUUGAUGAAGCAUGCAGACAGAUGCUCAGUGAGAAAGGAAAGAAGCGUUGCGGGUUUCUCCCUCCACAGGACGAAGAAAUCCAUAUGCUUGAUUUACGAGAUCAGAUCCUUGCAACACCGAAGGAUAUUGAAGAUUUACUUCUUACGGGGAAAAUUGCAGAAACAUGUCCGUAUUUUGGCUCGCGACGGGCAAUUCCACAAGCACAGCUUGUGCUGCUUCCAUACAAUCUGCUUCUUCAGAAGACUGCUCGUGAAGCAUUAGGAAUCAACUUGAAGGACCAAGUUGUAAUCAUCGACGAAGCGCACAACCUCAUCUCUACGCUUCUAUCCCUAUCAACCACCUGUUUACCUCUACGCACGCUAUCCACUGCAAGGCAUCAACUCUCGAUCUACCUCUCGCGCUUCCGGACUCGCCUGGCUACCGCGCACGCUCUGCAUCUCGCUCGCCUCAUGGGCCUGUUGGAUGUUCUCACGCAGUAUGCCGAGGAGUGGCGUGAUAUGCAAACUCCUAGAGGUGGCGAAGAUCGGCAGGAGCCGGCCAGGAAGACCGAGUCGAAGCACCGUUGCUCGAGUGUAGAGGUCAUCACCUCCGAUGAGUUACUCCGACGAUUGGGCCGCAAAGCAGAGGGCGUCAAUUUGCUAGAAGUCGAGAGAUAUCUUCGGAAUAGCAAGAUUGCGCGUAAGAUAUCUGCGUAUUCCUUGAAGGCGUUAGAGAAGGCAGCCGGUCACGAUCCGGCGAAGUUGUCCAAAUUAGCACGACUCUCAAGCAACACACCACCUCUGCAUGCAGUAGAAAAUUUCAUUUCGGCGCUGACGGCCGCAAGUGAUGAUGGCCGCGUGACUUUUUCAAUGGUGGACCGCCAGGUCGAGAUUAAAUACCAGCACUUGAAUCCAUCAACAUACUUCCAGGAGGUGAUCGAUGAAGCCAGGUCGGUUGUAUUGGCCGGUGGCACCAUGUCUCCGAUUUCGGACAUGACUAAUCAGUUGUUUGCCGACCUACCGGGCGAGCGCAUGUCCACCUUCUCGUGUGGGCAUAUCAUACCACCGGCGAACUUGCAAACUCUGGUGUUAAAGAGGGGCCCCCGUGGACAUGAAAUGCAGUUCAAAUUUGAGCAGCGCAGUGAUCUGCAAGUUAUUGCAGAACUCGGUCAGAUGCUUGUGAAUUUCGCGAGCAUCAUUCCCGGCGGGAUGGUCGUCUUUCUUCCCUCGUAUGCUUUUCUGCACACGGUGAUGAUCGCAUGGGAGAAGAGUGGUCUGCUGGUGAAGAUCGCUGCUAAAAAGAGGGUCUUCUCGGAACCACAGGAAAGUGGCCAGGUAGAGACCGUAUUGCGGGAGUACGCUACGGAGAUCCACGAUUGGCCGCAAAAUAUCGCCUGUGCAUCUGCCGAGCCCAGAAGCAGCAAGGCCGGUGCGAUGCUCUUCGCAGUGAUCGGUGCCAAACUGUCAGAGGGACUGAACUUCACGGACGACCUCGCUCGCGCCGUGAUCAUCAUUGGACUGCCAUUCGCUAACCUCGCGUCGCCGGAGCUGCGCGAGCGGAUGAACUAUGUCAAUAGGUUGGAACAGCGUCGCUCUGGUGGGGGUGGCGUUGGAGCCCAUGUGAAGGCACCCAACGGUGCGAAAGACGCCGCGACCGAACUUUACGAGAACAUGUGCAUGAACGCGGUUAACCAAAGUAUAGGACGUGCAAUCCGGCAUCGAGGAGAUUGGGCAUCUCUAGUGCUUGUCGACAGUAGAUACACUUCACCCCGUAUCCGUAACAAGCUGCCUAAUUGGAUCGGCAAGAAUACGAUCGUCACCGAUGGCUUUGGACAAGCCAUGAAAGAGAUGGGCAAAUUUUAUCGGAGCAGGAGGGAAGGCUAG